GAAAGCUCUGGAGCGUCGUAUGGUGCUGUGCGCGCUAAGCCUCUUAGGAGGCACGACCACAGCAGAUGUAGGGAGAAUGCCAAUCAGGAGCUCCUGCUGAGCACAGAAACGCGUCGGCUCAGUCUCUGCCAGUCCACACAAAAACACAACAAAAUACAGUUUUAUCGCUUCAGGUUUGCAGUUUGACAACAGGGAGAUGGAGCACACGGUGAGUUUCCAACGAAUCUGAACCGUCAGAAAACAAAACACCGAGUCCGCUCCUGAGCCAUGCUGCCUCAAGACGUCGGGAAGCAGAAGUCCCGCCGGGUGUCGGAGCCGAUGUGCGGAGGAGACUGUCCUCCGGUGCCUCCUCGGCGCUUAAAGAGCCGCGACUUUCCUCUGAGCGUGAAGCGCCGGCGGUCCGGCUCCGCUCCUGAGCGCAAGGUAAACUGCGUCCUGGUUGGAGACGGAGCAGUGGGCAAGACCAGCCUCGUCGUCAGCUACACCACCAACGGAUACCCGACAGAAUACACUCCCACCGCGUUUGACAACUUUACCGUGAUGGUUGUGGUUGACGGAAAACCAGUGAGGCUGCAGCUCUGUGACAUGGCAGGACAGAAAUGGGGGCUGGUUGACGGAUCUAUUAAUGACGAGUUGGAGCGCCUCCGGCUGCUGUGCUACAAAAACGCUGAUGUCUUCCUGCUCUGCUACAGCGUGGUCCGGCCCUGCUCUUUCCGUAACCUGACCGAGAAAUGGGUUCCUGAGAUCCAUCAGCACUGUCCUGGCGCUCCCCUGGUCCUGGUUGGCACCCAGGUGGACCUGAGGGAGGACGUCCAGGUACUGAUCCACCUGGCGCAGAACCAGGAGCAGCCGGUGGGCACCGAGGAAGGCCGGCGUCUGGCCCAGGAGCUCGGGGCGGUGAGCUUUGCAGAGUGCUCGGCGCUGACCCAGAAGAACCUUAAGGACACUUUUGAUUCAGCCAUCCUGGCCAGCAUCCAGCAGACGGACAGUAACAGCGUCGAACAGCAGCAGAGGCUGACUCUGAGGAAGAAGACUCCUGAUAAGAUCAAGAGCCUGUCGGAGACCUGGUGGAAGAAGAUUAACUGUCUGAUGGGAGAGCAGAGCUGUGAAUUCAAAUGAACAGCUGCACAGUUACAAAGCUGGGUCAGAUUAUAUUUGAAAAUUCUUGGUAGAGUUGAUUUAUUUUGGCCAGAAGGUGCCAGAUGGGUGAGGACUAUCACUGCAGGACAAAACAGCAAGCAGAAGAAAGAGUUUAGACGCAGGUUUGUGACCCAAAGUGUGCUACUUAAAAUCUCCAAACGUACACUACUGUUCAAAAGUUUGAGGUCACUUAGAAAUGUCCUGAUUUUUGAAAGAAAGGCAGUUUUUUUCAAAGAAGAUAACAUGAAAUGAAUCAGAAAUCCAGUCUAGACAUUGUUAAUGUGCUAAAUUAUUCUAGUUGGAAACAGCUGAUUUUUAAUGGAAUAUCUACAUAGAGGUACAGAGGAACAUUUCCAGCAACCAUCACUCCUGUGUUCUAAUGCUACAUUGUGUUAGCUAAUGGUGUUGAAAGGCUAAUUGACGAUUAGAAAACCUUUGUGCAAUUAUGUUGGCACAUGAAUAAAAUGUGAGUUUUCAUGUAAAACAUGAAUUUGCCUGGGUGACCCCAAACUUUUGAACGGUAGUGUACAUGUAAAAUUCUUCCAUUACUCUUAGGGGCAUUCCAACAAUUGGACACAUGAACAUCAGCUAACAAGAUGUUCUGCUCAGCCAAUAAAAGCUGAUCUAAAAAGGUUUCAGAGCUGCCCACUUGCUCAACACAUUCAAUUUAUAAGAAUAAACUCAGCUCACAUUUGAAGGCAUUAGCAGGUAGGGGGAUAUAAAGGAAGAUGUUCUCGAACUGCAUCAUGUAGUAGAAAUGUAGUACCCAGAGAGGCACAUGCUAGAGAGUAAAAGUUUCAAUGUCUCUACCUGUGUGGCAUUCAUUUUUGAACAUUCACAGUGGUCUGCAACAGAGGAGGAUGCUGCACUGUUUGAUGUUGUGGCUGCUUUGGUCUGCAGGUUCUGGUGAGUCCAGGAUCAGUUCAGCAAAUGUAUUUAGUCCUGAGAUAUUCAACAUGGUCCUUGAAGUAGUGAAUGAAAUGUACUCAUUAGUUAUUAGUCCAGGGUUGCAGAAAGAAUGAGCUUUGCGCUGCUGACUGCUCUUAUGUUUUACUACUGGAAUGUCAAGCUGAGAAUAAAAGCUGGAUCUCAGGAUAAAAAAAGAUAUGUAAAACCACAGAAAUUGUAAUGCAAGUGUCUCAGCGUUCAGUAGAAUUCCUUCUGAUGUUGUUCACUGUCACCCAUCUGAAGCUUCCAGGAGGCUACAAAAACUUACUGGGUUUGUUUUUCAUUUUUACACCCCAACUAUACAAGUACUUUGACUGUUAGCUUGUAGAUUAUUUAUUUAUUUAUCAUUUUUAUUGCCAUGACUGACCAUGAAUAAUGCUCAGAAGCCUUGAUUAAAGUUUAUUACACAAGU